GUAAAGGAUAUGUCAGUUUAUCCACUUCAACAAAUACAACACUCUAUGUCAAUGACGGAGAAAAUCUGGGCUUGGUAGUGACGUAUGAAGCGUAUCCUAAACCAGAAGAAGAAACGUGGCUAUACAUGAAUGUAACACUGCAGAAUUCAUCUGAUCAUUAUGUGAGAGUCACAAACAUAGACAAAAACAGCUAUUCCAGUGAGCUUCACCUUACACGGCUAAAGGAAAUAGAAGGAGGUCUUUAUACAUUUUUUGUCUCCAACUCAGACGCCAAUUCCUCUAUAACAUUUAAUGUCUAUGUAAACACCAAACCGGAGAUUGUCACUUCGGAAAGACUUAGCAAUGGCAUGCUACUCUGUGUGGCUACCGGAUAUCCUGCUCCUACUAUAAACUGGUAUGUUUGCCCAGCCACUGAGCAAAGGUGUCCAGAUUCACCAAACGUAUCUCCAGGGAAUGUAAAAACCAAAUAUAAAGAUUCAACGUUUUCUUCCUUUGGGAAUAUAAUUGUGGAAAGUACUAUUGAUACCAGCAUGUUCAAGAGCAAUAGCACCGUCACCUGCGAGGCUUCCAAUACCAUCGAUAGACGUUCAGCUUUCUUUAACUUUGCCAUUAAAGAACAAGAAAAUAGUCGCAGCCUUUUCACUCCAUUGUUAAUUGGCUUUGGUGUAGCCGCAGGACUGAUGUGUGUUAUGGUCAUAAUCCUGGUUUAUAAAUAUCUCCAGAAACCUAAAUAUGAGGUACAGUGGAAAGUGGUCGAUGAAAUUAAUGGAAACAAUUAUAUCUACAUAGAUCCAACACAGCUUCCAUAUGAUGAGAAAUGGGAAUUUCCAAGAAACUGCCUCAGUUUUGGCAAGAUUCUAGGAGCUGGAGCUUUCGGGAAAGUGGUUGAAGCUACUGCCUACGGUCUAUUCAAACCUGACGCGGCAACAAGAGUGGCAGUGAAAAUGCUCAAACCCAGUGCUCAUUUCACCGAAAAAGAAGCCUUGAUGUCAGAACUGAAGGUGUUGAGUUAUCUUGGCAAUCACAUUAAUAUUGUCAACCUACUUGGAGCCUGUACUAUUGGAGGUCCUACUCUGGUCAUCACUGAAUAUUGCUGUUAUGGUGACCUUUUGAAUUUCCUAAGGAGGAAACGGGAAUCCUUUAUUUGCCAGAGGCCUGAAGAAACUGCUGUUUACAAGAAUAUUCUCUAUCAAAAAGAACACAUGUAUGAUGCCACCAAUGAGUACAUGGACAUGAAACCAGGAGUUUCUCAAGUUGUCCACGCCAAAACCACUAAAAGACUAGGGUCAUUGGCUAAUCAGGAUGUCACUGUUGCCAUUUUAGAAGAUGAUGAACUGGUUCUGGAUGUUGAAGAUCUAUUAAGUUUUUCUUACCAGGUAGCAAAAGGGAUGAGCUUUCUUUCAUCUAAAAAUUGCAUUCACAGAGACCUGGCAGCAAGGAAUAUAUUACUUACCCAUGGACGGAUAACAAAAAUAUGUGACUUUGGCCUUGCAAGAGACAUCAGGAAUGACUCAAAUUACGUGGUGAAAGGAAAUGCACGGCUUCCCGUCAAAUGGAUGGCACCUGAGAGUAUUUUUGAAUGUGUGUAUACCUUUGAGAGCGACGUUUGGUCUUAUGGAAUUCUGCUUUGGGAACUCUUCUCUUUAGGAAGCAGCCCCUAUCCCGGAAUGCCUGUGGAUUCCAAGUUCUAUAAAAAUAUUAAGGAAGGAUACAGAAUGUUUAGUCCGGAAUACGCCCCUCCAGAAAUCUUCAACACCAUGAAGUGUUGCUGGGAUGCCGAUCCUGUGAAGAGGCCAACCUUCAAGCAAAUUGUACAACUGAUUGAACAACAGAUUUCCGACACCACAAGUCAUAUUUACUCAAAUGUUUCAAAUGGCAUUUGUAGUCAAGGAAAUGCUACAGAUCACUCCGUAAGAAUUAACUCAGUGGGUAGCAGCGCUUCAUCUACUCAACCCUUACUCACGCACGAGGACGUUUGA